UCGGGGGCGUCAAAAGGCUUGUCCCACUGCCAAUUCAACCCGAUCUCGAGAAACCCGAACAACUAGCCACCGAGACGAAAUAAGAUGGGAACUUCAACCACACCUCGCUAGUUUGAUCGGUACCCCUCUCAACGGGGGGAGAAUGUUACGCCAUGCGGCUUACAAUAGGUCAUAUUCUUAACUAUCGAUCGCGGCACUAUAAUGUCGCAGACGGAUCGUCGCGUCUGCCCGGCAAACAAACAUUGUAGUGGCAAGCGCAUGGUUCAUUAAGCAGGGCGACUUCCAGAAACGUCGACUCGUGGCCCGUAUUUUACCUCGCAGUAAAAGAAUGUGGCGUGAUCCGAACGUAGUGGGGGUCGCCUUCCAGAAAAAAACGAAAAAAAUCGAAAGGCGUUCAGAACUUUUCGAGAUGUCGAACCGUCAACACAUGUGAGUAUUUGUACGUAUGUACUUAUCGUCUGCUGUAUGAUCGAAUAUCGAAUAGGCGCUUGGCCAUGGAUCGCUGCAUUAGGUUUUCGUAAUCCCCGAAACCCAGACAAACCACUAUGGAAGUGCGGAGGUUCCCUGAUAUCGGCUAGGCAUGUUUUGACCGCAGCACAUUGUGCACAUAUGGAUGGAAUAGAAAACAUACACAAUCAUAAUAUUGCCAUUCUUAGAUUGGUGGAGGAGGUGCCAUUUUCGAGGUACGUAUAUCCCAUUUGUACGAAAGAGCCCCUACGAAAGAGCAACUUCGUCGGCUAUAACCCCCUUGUUGCUGGAUCGGGAGCAUUAAGAUAUAGACGACCACGACGUAAUGCAUUAAUGGAAGUACAAAUGCCAGUGAUUAAGAACGCCGAAUGCAAAAUAGCUUAUUCCAAAUUUCCUAAUGCACCUGAUAUCACUGAUGGUAUAAUAUGCGCCGAACAUGCUCAGGGUGGAGAGGAUUCUUGUACGGCUGACCGCGGCGGACCACUGCUGAUACAACAUGAAUUAACCUCGUAUUUAAUAGGUAUUGUGUCUUAUGCUUAUAAGUGCGGCACAGCUGGGUAUCCCAGCGUUUACACUAGGGUCACAUCGUACCUUGACUUCAUUCUCCAAGCGAUGCAAUAAUAUGAUAUUACUGUUCCAUAAAUAUCAUUGUGUAAAAAACGUAAAGUUGGAUUUUCUUAUUGUGGAGAUAAGAAACAGCUCAAAUUUACAUUGUUUUGUACGUUACAAAUUAUAGGCUUAAAAUGUACGAAAUGUAACUUUGAAACGACACUAAUUUUUUACGCACGAUAAACCUCCACGACUUAGGUAUGUAAAGAUGAUAAACGUAUAUUAAUUCUAUAAAUUUGGUAAUAAUAAACCAACUUUCUGAGAAGUUCUGUAAAUUUCGUUUCUGUUGUAUCAAGAGAAUAAUGGAAUAUUCCACUUAGA